CCUCUCUCCUCGAUCCUAGGUGUCCAGCGCAACUUCAAACAGGCACGAUGGGCAAGAAAGGCAAGAAGGAGAAGAAGGGCCGCGGGGCUGAGAAGACGGCAGCCAAAAUGGAAAAGAAGGUUUCCAAGCGCUCACGGAAGGAGGAGGAAGAUCUGGAAGCUCUCAUAGCCCAUUUCCAGACACUGGAUGCCAGAAAGACCCAGGUUGUGGAAACGCCCUGUCCCCCACCUUCACCCAGGUUAAAUGCCUCUUUCUCCACUCAUCCUGAGAAAGAUGAACUAAUCCUUUUCGGAGGUGAAUAUUUCAAUGGCCAAAAAACAUUUUUAUAUAAUGAACUCUAUAUCUACAACAUCAGAAAGGACACCUGGACCAAGGUUGAAAUCCCCAAUCCACCUCCAAGGCGCUGUGCCCACCAGGCUGUGGUGGUGCCUCAGGGUGGCGGGCAGCUGUGGAUCUUUGGAGGGGAGUUUGCUUCUCCUGAUGGAGAGCAGUUUUACCACUACAAGGAUCUCUGGGUUCUGCAUUUGGCCACCAAGACCUGGGAGCAAGUCAGAUCCCCAGGAGGCCCUUCAGGUCGGAGUGGACAUCGGAUGGUCGCCUGGAAGAGACAGUUAAUCGUUUUUGGUGGCUUCCAUGAGAGUGCAAGAGAUUACAUCUAUUACAAUGACGUGUAUGCCUUUAACCUGGACACAUUCACGUGGAGCAAGCUGUCCCCAGCAGGGACUGGUCCCACACCCAGAUCAGGCUGCCAGGUGUCCGUCACUCCCCAGGGCAGCAUCGUCGUCUACGGGGGCUACUCGAAGCAGAGAGUCAAGAAAGAUGUGGACAAAGGCAUCCAGCAUUCAGACAUGUUCCUGCUGAAAUCUGAGGAAGGGAGAGAAGGCAGAUGGGUGUGGACCCGGAUUAACCCUUCAGGUGCCAAGCCCACCCCCAGGUCUGGCUUUUCCGUGGCCGUGGCACCAAACCACCAGACGCUGCUCUUCGGGGGUGUCUGUGAUGAGGAAGAGGAGGAGAGCCUGGAGGGUGACUUCCUCAACGACCUGUACUUCUAUGAUGCCACCAAGAACCGCUGGUUUGAGGGACAGAUAAAGGGACCCAAGCUGGAGAAGAGGAAGCGCAGGCGGGCCACGAAAGCAGGGCCUGAGGGUGCUGACCAGCAGGAGUGUGCAGAGGCCAGUGCCCAGGCACCGCUGGAGGUGGUCAGAGAGGUGGUCUCAGAGGAUGGGACUGUGGUCACCAUUAAGCAGGUGCUCGCUGCCCCGGGCCCGUCAGAACAGCCACAGUUGGGUGAGGAUGACAGCCCCGAGGAGGCGGGCAGCUCCUCGGUGGAACCCUGUCCCCGCUCCAACGCCAUGCUGGCUGUGAAACACGGCCGUCUCUACCUAUAUGGCGGCAUGUUUGAGGCCGGCAGCCGCCAGGUCACCCUCAACGACUUGUACUGCCUUGACCUGCAUAAGAUGGAUGAGUGGACGGUCCUGGUGGAGACGGAUCCAGACACUCAGGAGUGGCUGGAGGAGACCGACUCGGAUGAGGACAGCGACACGGCCGAGGGCGCUGAGGGCGGAGAGGAGGACGAGGCCGACGAGGACAGCGGCGAGGACAGCGGCGAGGAGGACGGGGGGCCGCAGCACCCCUUGGUGACGCCUGGCGAGCAGUUUGCCGACUACCUGUCCAGGACCGAGCAGUACUGGGUGAGGCUUGCCCGAGACGGCGCUGGGCCAGAAGCGAAGGAGAAGAGAGUCCUGAAGGUCGCCCACACCACGGCAAGGGCUUUCUUUGACGACUCUGCGUGAGCCACCAGGCUUGGCCAGCAGCUAAACUGAAGGAG